AUGGAUUAAAGUAUUAACUAGUAAAACUGGGAAUCUCUUCUUGUUUAAGAGCUUUUCAACAAUGAAAUCCUUGAUUUUAUAGAUAAUGGAUUGAAUACAAAACCUUAAUAGCUUCUUUACCUACUUUUCAAGUUAAUGUAGGGUUUAAAACUAAAUAAAUAACAUCAAAAUAGUAACUCAUCAGAAUCUAAUUCUGGUUUCAAAUUAUUACAUGUAGAAGAUGAAAAUGAUGAUUAAAAGCUAGAAUAUUUUUUGAAAAAUACAAUAACUACUUAUGAUUAGAAUAUUUAAACUAUUGUAAAUUGCUAAGAAUUAGUUAAAGCAAAAGAGGAAUAAUAUAAAUAUUUAGUUAGAUUAGAUGAUUAAAUAAAAUAAAAUUGUUUGAAGCUUGAAUUUAGCUAACAGAGUUAGCUAUAUGAUUUUCAUUAAUAAUGUGUGAAUGGCUAAUGGAAAAAUUACAAUCUUAUUUCAUUUUAUCUAUUUAUCUCUCUGGGAAAAAGUAAGAUAUGGCCCAGACUAUUCAAAGAUAUAAAAUCUGGUAAAAAAGUUGAGCGUCAAUGGCAAAUACAUUAAUUUUUCGAUUAAUUUAGAAAUGACUUUAGUAGCAUUGUUAAAUAAGGCUUUAAUUCAUCUGUCAUAUCAAAGAAGCAUCAAAAGGAAAUUGACAAACAAACAAUCAUUCAAAAAAGCAAUAACUCCUUUAUAUAAGCUGUUAGGGAUAAUCAAUUUGAAAAAGUCUAGUAAAUGCUAGUAGAUGGUACAAACAUAGAAGCAAUUGAUACAGUAGAAUAAUUUACAGCAGCACAUAUUGCUUGUGAUGUGGGUAAUAUGGAAAUGAUAAGAUUACUUGAUUCUUACAAUUGUAAUUGGGAAGCCCUAGACCAUGAAUAAAUGACACCGUUAUAUUAUGCUAUAAGAGGAGAAAAUUUACCUACUGUCAAAUUUUUAGUUGAAGAAAAAAAGGUUAAUAUAGAACAUAAAGAAUUCAUGCAUAGAACUCCUUUUUACUGGGCUUGCUGCCUAGGAAACCUUAGGAUCAUAAGAUUUUUAACAGAAGCAGGAGCAGACAUCAAUGCAAAGACUAAACUAAUGAGAACAGCACUUAAUAAAGCUUGCUUUCUUGGAAGAGCAGAUGUAGUUUCCUACCUCUUAUCUCAGCCUUAAAUAGAUUUUGAAUGGGGAGAUACUAAAGGAAGAAAUCCACUUCAUAACGCUAUUUUUGGUCCUCGAGGUGGCAGGGAAGGAAAAAAAGUGGGAACUUUUGGAAAGGAUUGCCCUGAAGCUGCUCUUCUACUUUUAGAGAAAGGGGUAAAUGUUGAUGCUGAAGAUGUUGAUUAAUCUACUCCUUUACAUAUAGCCUGUAGCUCUGAAGCAUUGGAAAGUAUUCCUCUUUUAAUUGCAUAUGGCGCAGAUGUAAAUAAACAAAAUAAGUUUGGUGAUACAGCCUUGCAUUUUGCUUCUCGUUUCGGACAUAUUAAAACAGUUAUUAUGCUCAUAGAAUAGUUUAAUGCUCUAGUUUUAGAAGACUGUAAAGGAUUUACAGGAUUAGACAACGCUCUUAUUGGUAAUCAUCUUGACAUUUAUACAUAUUUAAUUGAAAAAAUAGCGAAAGAAUUCAUUUAAACGCCAGAUUAAAAAUAUCGACAUCUUAAGAAUUUAAUAAAGUAGCAUGAGAAUAAAACUCAAAAACUGUAUCUUUAAUUAUUCCUAAAUAAUGUUGUAACUAUUGAUGAUUAUUAAUACUUUUUUUCAAAUGAAAUUAUUGAAAUGCUUCCCUUGCUUAGGGAUGUUGAUAUGUUUGAUAUGCUUUCUUAAAAAUUCAAACCAUUUUUUGUUGAAGAAGAUUAAAUUAUAAAUUUGCUGCUGAUUGUAAUUAAAUCAAGGAAAAUUGAGUUUUUUAACAAAUUAUUUGAAAGUUUUAUAGAUGUCUUUUAGAAAUUUGAAUUUAAUAAUGUAAAUGAAAUUUUACACAACAUCCUAGAGUAUAAUGACAGAGAAAUAGUUUAAAUAGCAUUUACUUUAAACUUAAAUAUCUUUGAUUACAGGAAUUAAAACUAAACAAAUAAUUCCUUUUUACAUGAUUUGGUACAAAGAAGAAAAACAGGUGUUAUAAUAAACUUUAUUAAAGUGAUAAAUAAUAAAUAUCCUUAGAGCUAAUUGAAAAAUAAAUUUUUAAUUGAGAAACAAGGAGAUUUGGACUUUAUGAAAAAAUUUGUUUUAAUGAAAAAUGAUGUUAAUAUGAAUUGUAUAGAAUAAGCUGUUAUUUUAAAGUUUUUUGACAUUUAUAAUCUUUUGGAGUAAUUUUGUGUCAAAAAUCUUAACUUUGAUAAACAGCUCGUUGAAUUUUAAAUUCCUGAGUAUGAUAUCGUAGGAAUCGAAGAUUAUUUAAAAUCAUUAAAAGAUAAAGUUUCAGAAAAUGUUUACAUGCAGGAAAAAUAACACUAUUGCUAUCUAAUAGAACCUGAAAUGAAAUUUAAUCUUAACAGACCUUUAUUAGAAUAAAUUAUUUAGGAGGUAGAUGAAUCAAAAAAAGUAGAAAUUUAUGAGUUACACAAUCAAAAUGACUCUUAGUUCUAUUAAGAAAUAAAUAGUAUUUCUUUUGAUAAAAAACCAUUACAUAUAAAAAAUAAAAUGAAUUCUUUACCUUCCAUAUUUGUAGAUAAAGAAGAGUAACUUAUAGAAAAAGUUAUUCCAGAUCUUUUAUAGCAUUAAAUCAUAGGUAUAGAUCUAGAAUAUUGGACAGAUAAUAAAGAUUAGAAAUUAUCUUUCAUAUGCACUCUAUAAUUGUCUACUUUAUCAUCAAAUUUUGUUAUCGAUAUUCUUAAUCUCAGUAAAUCAGUAUCUGUACAUCUAAAGAGCAUAUUUGAAUCUCCUAAAUUUGUUAAAGUAUUUCAUGGUGGUGAAACAGAUUUAAAACUACUAAAAAAAGAUUUAAACUUUAAUUUAGUAAAUAUAUUUGAUACUGCAAAAGCUUAUCUUAAACAAAAUAAAGGAGCUGGAUCAGUUUCUUUAAGUUCUCUUAGUUAGUAGUAUUUAAAUUAUAAUGUUGAUAAAUAGUACUAAACUUCUGAUUGGAGGAUAAGACCUCUCCCAAAGCCGAUGCUUAAUUAUGCAAUGUAUGAUUCUUUUAUAACUUUGAUAUUAUUUUUUGUUAUGAAAUCUACAAUAUCCUAAGAAGAUUUAAGCAUAAUAGCAAUAAGUUGUAACAAAAUGUGUAUUAAAUAGCUAGAAAAAUCUUCGUUUGAUUUUAAUAAACUAUUUUUAAUUAAAGAUAACUAAAAUAUAUAAUGA